UUCAUGCUUUCAGCUAUGUGACCCUUCCAGGGACAUGGGAAUAACUACAGGAUUUUUUAAAAGCAUCCAUCCAAAUUGGUCCUUGGCACUGGGUGAUGUUGUGUUGCUAGGUUACAGGUGAAGACAAAGCUUCUUCAUCAUCCCCAGGUAACAAGAUUCCCGAUGGCAAAAGAGGUCGUCAUGGAGGAGGAAGCAGCAAAGCCUCAGCAAAGUCCCUAUAUGCUAUUCCUGUUGGUUUUAGUUUUUUUCAUCAUGGGACUCCUUGGUUUUCUCAUCUGCCAUGUUCUAAAGAAGAAAGGUUACCGAUGUCGCACAUCACCAGAGGACCUAGAUCUUGAGUUUCAUGAAGCUCUUCAUGAAGACCCAGAGAUUACAGAUGAAAUGUCAAAUGAAGACACAGUAGAACAAAUUGUGAAGUGCAUUAUUGAGAAUGAAGCAAAUGCAGAAGCUCUGAAGCAGAUGCUCGGGGAUACAGAGGGAGUUGUCUCAAUUGUUCCCAGUCUGUGUCCUCACCGUGAGAGCCAGGAUUCUGGUCCUCCUCAUCACCAUACAGUGCACCUUGGAUCUACACAGGCACCGUGCAUCCACUGUACUCGCAAAAAGAGAAGUCUCUUACACCGUAUGGGCCGGUCAAAGGAUGGCCGGGGAAAGCCACACCCUGGAGAAAUCACAGUUUUUUCUGUUGGAAGGUUUCGGGUUACUCACAUCGGGAAGAAGACAAGUAUCCAAGGAUCCCAGGACGACAGCAACAUUAGCACUGAGCCAAUGUCAUCUGUUAAAGAUCAGGAUGAGUUGGAUGGGGAAAAACCUCAAAAUGGACUUAGCACACAUGGGGACCAUAAACAUGAAAGUGAGGAUUUGCCCAAAAAUGGACCAGAAGAAGUGGGGUUAACAAAGCUUGAGAAGAAGAAAGGUUCUGCUAUUAAGAGUGUAGCUAAAAACGGACUACAGAGACUGAAUAAAAAGGCUCCAGUAACUUCUGUAAAGAAGAAAGGAGAAAAAGACAGACGGAGCAGUGCUCCAGAACAGACGGUGGCACAGAGAGAGAGGAUUGAUAUUACAGAUGUUAAUGCACGCGAACAGCGCAAAGAAAAAUCUCCUGUAGCAGGAGACUCACAGACAAAGCAGGAUAUCGGAGCCCUUCUGAAACAGUAUCAGCUCCGUUUUGCAGAAACUGUGCAAUUGGUUAUGAGCCCACCUAACUCAGAGACUACGACCCAGCUUACCGGUAAAUUUAAGGACACGCAUCCUUGUGAUUUACUGCAGCAUAGCAGCACACCACCGAGCGAGAUCCCACCUUUCACACAAGAGGCUGGAGGCUUCUACUCGCGGUCUGACUUUUAUGAGACACAGCUUACUGAUCGGCAGUUUCAUGACCUAGAGCAGGCUUUGCUGAGUUCCAA